AUGGGAUUAAGUGCCUCUUAUUACGACGCUCAGCGGCUAGAGCUCUCCACCAUCCACCAUACGGAAGAGCCUAUUCCAAUUGGAACGUUUAUUCAGUUCGUCUUUGACAAUGCUGACUUCAAUGUAUCCACUCUCGAUGGUCGGAAUACCUUCCACAGCAUGGGAGGUAUCAAAUGUAUUACACCCACCAACACUCUCCAUGCAUCCACAAAUGUCAAAAGGUUGAAUUCUGCUCCUCCCCAGGAAGAAGUGGGCCAGAUGGGAGUUCUGGAGGUGCAAAUAUUCGAGGGUAGGAGAACCAACGCAUUACAGCAAAUUAUCAUAGAAGACUUGAGCUUUCUGAAGCCCAUCCCUUAUAACAUAUUCACACCCACUGUUCAAGAUCUCUUGUGGAUGAGUGGUAAGUGGCUCCAGGAGGUGGAACCUACUUCGAAAGUGCCUAACAUUCCAGAAUGUAAAGGUUUUAUGCAAUUGACGAGUAAAUUAAUUAACAAGGAAACAACUUCGGUAACUUUUCUUCCAUUUAUCAAUUCUCCACCAAAUGAGUACAGCACUAUACGCACAGCCUUACAGUAUGCUUUAAAAAAGAGUCAGGAGGUAGGAGCCACCGCUUGUUUCGUAACUUUCGACCAGCCUUUGUAUUUAAAGGCCAGGGAAAUCAGCUUUGGGAGCAUUAUGGUGAGACUUGGUGGGUUUCACCUACUGAUGUCCUUUUUGGGUUGCAUUGGCCACACAAUGGCUGGAUCAGGACUGAAAGAUGUAUUAUGCCAAAUUUUUGCCGCUAAUUCAGUUGACAAGAUGUUAACAGGACAUGCCUACAGCCGAGCCGUUCGAGGACAUUUGCUUGUUCAGCUUGUUUUAGCUCAUAUUAUUCUGGAUGGAGCCAAUGUAUCAAAAGAAGAGAAGAAAGACAUCUUGACUAUGAUGAUCAACAUGGAAGAAUUUACUCCAGACAAAGUUAAAGAGAAUGCUUCCUUGAUGUCAACUUUGAAAAAAUUUCAGUACCAUCUGGAAACCCUUAAAGAGAAUGGGCCUACCGCUGCUUUGUGGGUGCAGUAUUUCAAUAUGGUUAUCCUCAUGAAGAAGUACAACAUGUGUACAACAGAUAAUCCCAUUCUUCCAUGCAAGUUGACAUUUCCAAUACGCGAAAUGUGCCCAUAUCUAUGUGCAAGACAUGAUGCAACUGAAAAACAGCCAUCCCCAAACAUACAACAAUACGGUACAUACAAGCCGGUGACAACCAACGAUCCAGUGGCACCUGAGUCCAUUCUCAACACCAUAUUUUGUCGAUGCACGACUGGGUGUGGGGUGCGUUGCGGCUGCCGGAAAGCAAGAAUUGCCUGCUCCAGUGUCUGCGGUGUAUGCUCCGGCUCAUGCACUAACGGAGCCCCCAUCGAAAACACCGUCGACGAUGAUGUUGAUGAUGAUAUUUUAGAUUCAGAAGAUAAUUAG